AUGUCUGGACGCGGCAAGCAGGGAGGCAAGGCCCGCGCCAAGGCCAAGACCCGCUCUUCCCGGGCCGGGCUGCAGUUCCCCGUGGGCCGCGUGCACCGGCUGCUCCGCAAGGGCAACUACUCGGAGCGCGUCGGCGCCGGCGCCCCGGUGUACCUGGCGGCCGUGCUCGAGUACCUGACGGCCGAGAUCCUGGAGCUGGCGGGCAACGCGGCGCGCGACAACAAGAAGACGCGCAUCAUCCCGCGCCACCUGCAGCUGGCCAUCCGCAACGACGAGGAGCUCAACAAGCUGCUGGGCCGCGUGACCAUCGCGCAGGGCGGCGUGCUGCCCAACAUCCAGGCCGUGCUGCUGCCCAAGAAGACCGAGAGCCACCACAAGGCCAAGGGCAAAUAAGCCGGCCUAGGGGCGCACAAACCAAAGGCUCUUUUUAGAGCCACCCACGUUUUCAUAGAAAGAUGGUAACACUUU